GCGGUGAGUGUCCGCGCGCACGGCUGCGCCUGCGUCUCGAGCUGCUUUUGAUCCGGAUCGAUCCGCUGAUCGUGUGCUGUCAGUCAAGAUGCUGAGGCUCGUGCUGUCUGCGUGCGUCCUGGUCACCGUCCUCACGGUUGUGGUCCUCGCUGUCCCCGCUCAGGAGAAACGUGUCCAUCGGCGUGAAGACCUGAGCGACCACGUCCACGACGACGCUCGCGGUUUCCAGUACGACCACGAGGCCUUCCUGGGCAAGGAUGAAGCCAAGACCUUUGACCAGCUGACGCCGGAGGAGAGCAAAGAGAGACUGGCGAAAAUUGUGGACCGCAUCGACACGGAUGGUGACGGUUACAUCAGCCACGCGGAGCUGUACAGCUGGAUCAAACACCGGCAGAGAAGAUACAUCGAAGAGAACGUGGACAAACACUGGAAGGACUACGACACCAGCAAGGACGGCAAGAUCGGCUGGGAGGAGUACAAAAACGUCACCUACGGCUACUAUCUGGAUGAUAAUGAGUUUGAUGAUAUCGAGGAUAAGGCUACCUACAAAUCAAUGUUAACCCGGGACGAAAGGCGCUUCAAGGCAGCUGACCGAGACAACGAUGGCGUCGCCACACGGGAGGAGUUCACCGCCUUCCUUCACCCAGAGGAGUUUGACUACAUGAAGGACGUGGUGGUGCAGGAAACUAUGGAGGACAUUGACAAGAACGGUGACGGCAAGAUUGAUUUAAAGGAAUACAUCGGUGACAUGUUCACACCAGAAGACGGGGAAAGUGAGCCUGACUGGGUGCAGACGGAGAAGAAACAGUUCGUAGAGUUCAGAGAUACCAACAAGGACGGCGCCCUGGAUGCUGCGGAGGUGGCCCACUGGAUUCUGCCAGGCGAGGUCGAUCACGUUGACAAUGAAGCCAAACAUUUGAUCCAUGAGACGGACACAGACAAGGAUGAGAAAAUGACCAAGAAGGAGAUUCUGGCCAACUGGAACAUGUUUGUGGGAAGCCAAGCGACUAAUUACGGGGAGGACUUAACGAAGAGACACGACGAGCUUUGAUGACGUCUCAUGUUCCAAGAGGAACUCAUUGGAUUUUGUUUUUUCACACUUGGAGAAUUUUAUUUUUUUCUAAACAGUAUUUUGGGUGGAUGUGAUGGUUUGUUACAUUUCUCUUUGUUCACAUGUGAUCUGAAAUGAAACCGCUCCUGCUUCAGUCAGUCAGUCACAUCAGAUCCUCAUUAACAGAAACUACAGACAACAACGCGACCGCCGUGCGGUUGUCACUCUCCACUGGUCCACAAGGACUUCAAGCUGCAGCUGUGUGCUGAGUUGAGCCUGAUUACUGAGUGUCUGACGUUCUCUUACAGGCCGACUAAUUCCACACACACAAAGCGCUUGUAACAGACGUGCACAUAACUGGUGCGCCUGCACACUAAGAAUAAUAGAUGUGCAGCAGAACAUGUAGGAAAGCGAUGAUGGCAGUUUGUGUUUUCUGCUGCACUUUAUUCAAUUUUACACCACGGUCAGUGAGAAUUCCAUGUCUAACUGGCGUGCAUU